UGGCGUCGGCGAAGAGCGUCGCGAAGCGCCGCUGGAAACCAGUAUUGCGCCCAAGCGUGCCGCCGUCGGUGGGCACGUCCGCAGGAAGCAGGAGGUGACGGGGACGGCGCAAAAUCGCGGAAGCCAGGCUGGCGCUCCGACGAGGCCGCACGACAGUGCCGGGUGUUUCGCCGUGAUCGCGACAUCGGUGCUUGUGCUCUCUCUACUGUGUGCCGCUGUCAACAAGAACGCGGCUUGUGCGCGUGGUUGCAACCAUGUGUUGCCGCCUCUCGACGCGACGGGUCAUAGCAUCGGCGUCGCCUACGCACUCGUCAGCAGCGCGGGCCGAGGAGAGGCGAGGCUAUUUUUGAAACCCUCCAUGCGCCCAGAAAGCCCUGAGCCGCGCCAAUGGAUCUCAGGUCGGAGUCGGACUUUUACGUCGGCUGCCGGGUGCUCGCGCCCGUCGCUGCAUAUUUUGGACUCAGUAUUGACAAGUUCAACUUCCUGUUCUGCCAAAUUGCGUUCCUGCUGUUCUCCUUCCCGUACCGAGUGUUCCUGCAUCCGGCUCGGGUGUCCCCGACGACGAGGCAUGCCGUGGCGCUCUCUGUCGGGCUCGCCUUCGGUUAUUUCUGCUUCGGAUAUCAAAUUCUUCACCUUGUUGCGCAAGCCACGCUUGUUUACAUGAUCAUCAAUUUCGCGAGUCCCGAAAACUUACACUUGAUUGCGCUGGCAGUCGGCAUGCUCUACCUGUCUGUCAUCCACCUAAUGCGGCAGACGUACGACUACGGGGGAUACCACCUGGACGUAACGGGCCCGCUGAUGGUGGCUACGCAGAGGGUGACCAGCAUAGCGUUCAACCUGCACGACGGUCUGACCGAGAAAAAGGAUGUCAUUCUGCACCCCGAGCAGAGAAGGCAGAUGAUCAGCCGAAUGCCGAGUCCACUGGAGUUCUACAGCUACGUCCUGCACUACCACACGCUCAUGUGCGGACCGCUGGUGUUCUUCAACGACUACAUGGACUUCAUCCGGGGAAAGCAGUUCUUGAGGCACACCGUCCGCACAGGCCUGCGGGGAAACCCCACGUCUGUUGUGGAGCCGUCGCCUAAUUGGGCGACGCUGCAGAAGCUUUUGAUUAGCUUCACAUGCGCCCUGAGCAUCGUUUACCUGCUUUCUGCCUACCCUAUCGAAUACAUAAAGCAGGAUGCAUUCUUUGAGAAGAGCAGGUUGUGGCAGCUGCUGUACAUCAUCUGGGCCACUUCGCUACACCGGCACCGGUACUACCACGCCUGGACUCUAGGUGAAGCAAUUUGUAAUGCUGCUGGCUUCGGUUUCAACGGCUACACAAGUGAUAACAAAGCGCGCUGGAACCUCAUCAGCAACGUGGACAUCGUUACUAUCGAGACAUCCACGAGCCUACGCGAGCUGCUGAUAGCGUGGAACAAGUCGACCCAGACGUGGCUGCGCACCGUGUCGUACGAGCGGGUGCACCGGCACCGCACCCAGCUGACGUUCAUCCUGUCGGCCAUGUGGCACGGCUUCUACCCGGGCUACUACCUUACCUUCGGCACCGGGACACUCUUCACGCUGGCUGCCCGUGCGGUGCGCCGUAGUGUGCGACCCAUGUUCCAGGGCGACAGGAAGAAGCAAAAGUUCUACGAUCUUGUCACCUGCCUGGCGACGCGCAUCGCCGUCGCCUACAUGGUGUUUCCCUUUCUUCUACUAGAUUUUCACUCCAGCGUCAGGGUUUACCGCCACUUCGGAUUCGUGGGCCACUUUCUGUGCCUGCUGGCCAUCUACGUGCUGCCCCGGGUGUUGCCGCCUCCGCCGCGGUCGCCGCCCAAGGGUUGGAUGUCGCCCGCAACGGCGGAGAGGACGCCCGAGGGAAGCCCGGGCGCGAACAGCCCGUCGGACGAGAGACAGCCGCCGCCCCUCAAGCACGACUCCGAAGCGUUGGUUCCGGACUUCGAGUCGGACGAGGACACGCUGUCGGUCGUCUCGAACGUCGACGUCGGAUCCAGGAGCUCUCAGACGUCGCUGGCCUCGGUCAACAACGUGGCGGCGACGGCGGCCCUUCCCGACUCGACCAAGCCGCAGCCGCCUGGCGACGAUAAGAAGACACAGUAGAACUGCCUUAGCCGCGCACACGCUUAUUUGUUUUCCCAAGAAGCGCGCAUGCCUCGAGAGUGAAGAGAACAAGAGACAAAAGAAAAGACCAGUGCGGCAUCCGAUAUGCUAUUCGAACGUGCGAAGUGUCGUGGAUCCUGAAAUUAGCCGUGCACUCGACGUUCGCUUAGGUGUAACAAAGCCAACGGUGACUGUACGAACGGAAGCGAACGCUGCUGCGCCUUCAUCUAUAGCCGACAUGUUGCACUGCGUGCGAGAUUGCGUUGACGUUCCUGUUACAGGACUAUACGUAUACGGCGCGCCAUUGUUGCAGUGUGUUAAGUAACAGCGGUGUGUCUGCUGUGGCCGUUUUUGAGGAGCCAGCGGUAGAACACAUUGCGUUGAACGCGAAAAACAGCACAAAAAGUUGCAGAUCGGAAGCAACAAAUUAGUCCUCAUAUUCAGUGAUAAUAACUAACGUGUGUACUGACAACGAAGCCGCGGGUAUAAAAGAUAGACAAUGGACGAAAUUUGACAGUCACGCUCGGAUCUUGCGAGUCAUUUUCCGAGGACUUGCGCAACACGCAUUCGCUUUUCUUAAGUGUUUCGACUUAUCUUUCGCGCUGAAUAAUCAAGUUCCAAUGCGUCGCGCUUGUAGUACGGGUGCGUGUAUAACGAAAUCAUUCAUUAAUACCCACAAUUUAACGCCUGUAGCACAUUGGAGGCCGUACUGUUUUGUUUUCCACAAGGUAGGUCUUCGUACUACGCAGUGAGAAAAAGGCGUUGUCAGCCUGCGUGGCAUGUAUAUGUUAAAUUUAUUUGAACGAAAUGAGUGUGCGAAUGUCGUCACAUUGGUCCUGUCGCUGUGGAUGGACAUUCCAAGCUUCUGACGUGAUUUUGAUGCGACUUUCAUCAGGCGUCACGCGUGUUCUGUCUUAAUGUGUUGUUGAAAUAUUUCGCCGUGUGUUGAGCCUGCCACUUAGUCGGUGCCACAAAACACGGGUCAAGUCCCCGCGUGAGGAAGCACGUGAUCUGCGUCAGUCAAAGCUGACCUUUUUUACUUUUUCCGCAUGGAUCGAAUUUUUUAUGGCUGUUGUUUUUUUGUGUAGACCAUUUUCUGCAGGCUUCAACUACAGAUAUUGUUCUCACGUUCGUUGUACUUACACAAGACGACAACCGCGAUCUUUCUGGCACACCGAUUGGAGCUGGCAUGCUUCGAACAGAUAGAUUAACUCGUUAACCUUGUAUGAUUGAAUGAAGAACUGAGCGAAAAUUUCUUGAAAGGGUGUUCAUAACGUUGCAUGUUGAGGGUGUGACUAAUCAUGGUUCAACACUGGAUGGCUAUCUUGUGAUGAAGUGGGACAGUUCUGAACGCACAUCCGAGUGGGCUGGAACGUGGCUGGUAAGACCUGUCCACAAAGAAGGCAUCGAGGAGCUAAAAGGGGCAAGAUGGAAUGCCGUGCACUGAAAGUUUUGCUUUUUGACCUGCUUAAUUGGUGCACGCUUGGAUCUGUUUUAAUCGUUGUGCUGCAAUGGUUUUUGUUUCACUCAUUUAUUGUUUGUAUAUCUUAUUUCACUUUGCUUCAUGCGCAUAGCCGCACUUAUCAUAUGGAACUUUUCACAUGAAGUGUUUAGUGGGAUAGAGGAUAUAUAUACUUUUUUCUUUGACUUGAAUGUCAUGUUCAGAAUUUUGAAGAUUUAUAGACCCGCAAGACCUUCAUGUUAUGCCCAGGCAAACUUCACAUCUGUUCCUGAAUGCAAAUUUGCUUUGGUGAUCAAUUUCACACAAAGGCGACUGUGCGAACAAGUUUGCUUGUUCAUUAGGGCAAUGUGAAGGUCGUUAAUUCACACUUAACUUCAGGGCGCAAAAUGAACUCUUCAUGGGGAUAACUGCACUGGCUGUUCAGUGUGUUGACCACGGUGGUCGAUGAUGAGGUAUCGCAACACCCUGCAGACACUAGACCAGACCGUGACACAAGACAGUGAGGUCAGUAUGACGUCACGCAACAUGACGUCAUAUGAUGACGUCAUCACAAGAGAGUCGUUUGGUCAAACGUGGGCCGAUCUCGGAGGCAGUGCUAGAACACCAUGUUAGGUGCGGAAAAGCUGCGAUGCCUUCGUGCAUAGAAAGCUUCCGGGGAGGUGGAGGGAUCGAUACAGUCGACUGAGAAGAAGCAGAAGGAGAAGAUGGCCUUGGCGUCGCGUUAGGCAAAUAGAUAAGGGUCCACGUGACCUUGGUGCAGUUUCGCUUCCUGGUUAACGCAGUUAUGGCUUGUGCAAAACUCGAGCACUUUCGCUGGGAUUCCUCGUCUUCAUCGAUUGAUUGACUGUCACCGAAUUCAUUGCGUUCUUCCCGUUAGUGCGUUGUACUUGAGUGUUUAACUGGAUGUUGGUGCUGUUCGGGUCUUGGGUGUAGUUUCUGUGUGAAUUGAAUAUUGUUGCGAGGAAGUUGUACUAUAUAGCGUUGUCGUUGUUGAACAAAUGCGAAUCGACGUGUAUCCUGUAAACGACAACGUAGCUAAACGGACCAUCAUUAGCUUUAGUCGUGCCUGAUUGGUUCUUAGAAGAAAAUGCAUCAAAUUUCACAACAGAAAGGAAUGGUCAGAAUAAAAAAAAGGGGGGGGGGGGCAAGCCAGUUUGAUAAUCUCACGACCAUUAAACUUAAAUAGAAUUCACGCGAGAUGCUGUGCCUUGUUCGUAUCAAAUGACUGUGACACGCACGCAUUCGACUUUCGUGACCGAUAGACAGCGACUUCAACCAAGAUGGUGCCCGCAAUCAUUGCCUUUCUUAUCCGCGAGUUCGAUGUGAGCGCCAAUUUACUUAGACUCCUAGCAUCCACUGCGCAUGACAACCACGUGACGAUGCACGUGGCGCGAAGUGUUCCCUUCCAACGAUAUAUUUUAUGGGCUUCUGAACUUACACAAAGAAAUGACCAUCUGGAAA